ACCUCUUGAUCCUCCUGACUACACAGAUUUUGGGGUAUGGAUGGGCUGCAAUGCUUAGGAAAUAUUUGGUUGAGCCUGCUGAGAUGUGGUGGCCGUCCAACCUUGCUCAGGUCUCUCUGUUCAGAGCGCUCCAUGAGAAGGAUUCUCGAUCGAAAGGUCUCACCCGGAUGCACUUCUUCCUUAUCUUCCUGGUGGCAAGCUUCGCUUACUAUGCUUUACCCGGCUAUAUGUUCCCUAUCCUGACAUUCUUUUCAUGGGUUUGUUGGGCAUGGCCCCGCAGCUUCACAGCCCAGCAGAUUGGAUCUAGGUACCAUGGGCUUGGAGUGGGUGCAUUCACUCUCGACUGGGCAGGGAAAUCGGCCUACCACGGCAGCCCGUUGGUGACACCUUGGUUCUCCAUUGUCAACGUUGGAGUCGGAUUCAUCAUGUUUAUCUACAUAAUCAUCCCUUUAUGUUACUAAAAAUACAAUACUUUU